AUGGAUUUCCAACCAGACCUUCCUGUUCCGAUCUCCUAUGUAUCCGGUAGAUACUUGUUGUUCUCAAUUGAUGUCGUGACCUACCUGCGACGUGAGCAUCAUAUCUGUGGUGUCCUCAUCGGAACGCUGCCCCAGAUCCCUCAGCAGAAUGUCUUCCUGGGUCUUCCAUUGGAGCUGAUGCCCGAGGAGGCACGGCUGUUGGUGGACAAGGGUGUAGCUUGCAUUGUAGAUGAAACCAAGGCACACGAUGGCAUGAACACCCUCUUAGAGGAGGACCGCAGACGGUACCUCCGCGAUCUCGAAUCCCAGGGCCUGCAUGUCUCCCGUAUCCAAACGGAUCGCAAAGAGCGGCUACGGGAACAAACGAUGAAGAAAUUAGAAGAAAAAGGAGCCAAGAAGAAGGCCAAUGCUAGUGCCGCUGCCGCCCAGACAUCCGCUGUCCCCGAGGAUCCCACGUCUACCCCUCCGCAGUCACAAAAAGACGCUUCUACCGUCAAUCUCUUCGCUGCAGACGAAUCCCAAUCGUCUUCCCCCGCCAUCGAAGUCUCGAAGAACACAACCCCACAAGCCCCAGUGGCUAUCACGCCUGCAACCUCUUACCCACCUCUUCCCACACCUUCGCCGUCAAGCUACCUCUCAGCACCCACAGUACCACCUUCAUAUCCUCUUUUCGCUCACCUUCACUCCAAAGGCUACUUCCUCUCUCCUGGGCUGCGCUUCGGAUGCCAGUAUAUGGCCUAUCCGGGUGACCCGCUACGCUUCCACUCACACUUCCUGGUGGUCUCCUACGAAUGGGAUCAGAAUAUCGACUUGAUGGACCUUAUUGUCGGGGGCAGACUGGGCACUGGUGUGAAGAAGGGGUUCUUGAUUGGUGGAGCACAAAAGGGGAUCGAUGAUGUUGAUUCGGAAGCUGAUCGUAUCGACACCGUGCGGGCUUUCAGUCUUGAAUGGGCUGGAAUGUGA